CGCUUCCUAAACACAAAUUCAAACUCGUGCAGGCAAUACAUUUUCAGAGGACCUUAGAGACCUUGAGGGCUUGUUGUGAUUGGUUGUGAAUACUGAUUGUGCUAUUAUAGGCUAUUUAUUGGUUAUGAAAUAGCACCGUGGUAUUACCAUAAUUUAUUUUUGAACAUGUAUGGUAUUCUUUGAAAUACAGAGGAGUGCCAUGUAAAUACCCUGAUAUAUGAAUAUGUUGAUCUUCCAGUACCAUGGUUUAUCAAAGUUCAGUAGUGAAUUUGUCCUGCUGUGAGUGAUUGACAGCUGUCAGAAGCUGCUGACCUCAUGGCAUCAUCCUCUGAUGUGAACGUCCACAUGGAGGAAGUUGUGGUGGUCACGACCCCUGACAGCGCAGGUCAGACUCCCUCCUCAGAAGAGAAGAACAUACUGGUGGCGACAGAUCUUGAACAGUCUGGGAAAAACAUGGAGCAGUCCAUGGAGUCAGAGGCCGAGUCGAGCACCAGCAUCUCCCUGCCCAAAGAGACCGUCUUGGUGAAAUUUUCUGAAGAUGUGGAGGCUGAAAUUCUUUACCCAAUAACGUGUGGGGACAGCAAAGCCAACCUCGUAUGGAAGAAAUUUGUGUGUCCUGGCAUCAACAUCAAAUGUGUGCAGUUGAAUGAGCAUCUGAUCAGUCCAAAGGAGUUUGUGUACCUGGCGGGCAAAUCCACACUGAAGGACUGGAAGAGAGCCAUUCGCCUCAAUGGGACCAUGUUAAGGAAGAUCAUGGAUUCAGGUGAGCUGGACUUUUACCAGCACUCCAGACUUUGUUCUAACACCUGCCGCAGUACCAAGAUUGACCUGGUGGGGUCGCGAGCAUCUCUCAGCAGCCAGCAGUCCACAGAGACUGCCCCCGCAAACCCCGCUUCAGUGGACGUGAAUGGAUCCUCAGCUACAUUUUCCUCAGACACUAAUGAGGACUGCACAGAAUGGGUCACGGCUAUAGGAGAGGACACCAUGAUGUUCUGGAGAGGGUUGAAGGAUGCUGGGUUGUUGGAUGAAGUCAUGGAAGACCUGCAGACAGAAAUACAGGAGAUCCUCAAUGGUCUGGAGGAACGUAUUCAUGAACCGCCACUGCAGGUUAAAGAUGCAGCUCUGCUCAACAAUAUUGUUCAGAACUUUGGGAUGUUGGACCUGGUGAAGAAAGUUCUUGCCAGUCACAAAAGCCAGAUGGACCGCUGCAGAGAGCAGUACACUCGCAGCUUAGUGGCACUAGAGCAACAGUGUGACGAACAUCGCAAGCAUGCCAAAGAACUCAAGAGCAAAUCGCAACACCUCAACAACGUCUUGAUGACCUUGACCCCUGUGACCUCACCUCCGACUUCCAAGCACCCUCGCCUGACCCGUGCCUUCUCAGGCCCUGCAACUGGGGCUGCCACGCCAGCACAACCCACCCACUUCACCCUACCCAUCACUCAGCUCGCCGGCAUCCCAUUGGACAAAGUGCUGUCCACCCAGACGCAGUCUCCUCUGAUUGGUGGAUACACAGUGUUGACGUCACCGGGAGGGGCCGAACUCCAGUGCGAUGGCUCGAAUCUAAAGGUGCUGAGCACUGCCGCUGUACCGGAGGGCACCACGGGACCCACUAUCGUCAAAGUGGUCAGUCCAUUUCAGCUGGUCACUCUGCCAACGGUUGGAGCUGGAGCCACGGUGCAGAACCUGGCAGCACCAGUAGGAGGAGCUGCAGGCAACACUGUAGUUGUGGUGCCUGUAAGUACGGUUAGCACUGCUUCCAUGGAGACUGUUGGGCUACAGGCAGAACAGACUGCAGAACAGAGUGAUGACCAGAAGGAGAAAGAGUAAAAUACUCUUGAAAAGUUUGGUUUUACCAAAUGUCAGUGUGUCACAAAAUUUGUAUACACAAAAUGAACUUGUGUCGUUUGGCAUUGAGACUGAUGACUUUGCCUUGCCAGUGGUUUUGUUGAGAUAUUUGUAUCUUAAAAACUGGCAUCUCAUAAUAUGAAAAGAAUAUCUUUUGUUGUGUUUCAUUUGAUUUAUUUGUAGUGAAAAAAAAGGGUCAUUUUGUAUGAAAUAACAGUGGACUUAAAGGAAUAUUCCGGGUUCAAUACAAGCGAAGCUUAAUUGACAUCAUUUGUGGCAUGAUGUUGAUGUGGACAAAAAAUAAUUCUCUCGUUUAUAAAGAAAAAAAAGAAUUUACAGAGAGGCAUUUAUAAUGGAAGUAAAUGGGGCCAAUCCAUAAACGCUAAAAU